CCUCAUGAGCCAACGGGAGCGGCGCGCGAUGCACUGACAGAAAGAUUCGUGCAAACGACGAGCGUGAGAAGAUCAACAGACUUUUAAAGCACAAAAAAAGUGCGUCUUAUGUGCACUUGGACUCGGAUAAGGGGUUCCUUUGUCCUUGAGGAGUGGAGCUAGACUGUGAAGAUGAUGAUAAUGAUGAAGAUAAAGAGGGUGCUGAUGAUUUUCUGCUGUCACUGUGCUUAGGGUGUGUGUGAAGCCUUUGGGCGUGGCAGCAUGCAAACUCCCUGAGCACUUCAUCGCCCCUUGUAGGUGACAGGAUGCCUGUGCAGGCGGCGCAGUGGACAGAGUUCCUGUCCUGCCAGAUCUGUUACAAUGAGUUUGAUGCCAGCAGCCACAAGCCCAUCAGCCUGGGCUGCUCGCAUACCGUCUGCAAGACGUGUCUGCACAAACUGCACCGUAAAGCCUGUCCGUUCGACCAGACCUCCAUCAGCACAGACAUCGACCUGCUGCCUGUCAACUGCGCCCUGCUGCUGCUUGUGGGAGCUCAGGUUCCUGAAGGCCAGAGUGUGUGUGUGGGCAGCACUGAGGACACAGAGCAUUAUGAAGUGUGUAAAACGUGUGUGGAGGAGCUGGCUCUCUACCUCAAACCUAUCAGUGGAGGAAAAGGUGUGGUGGCUCUGAGUCCAAGCACCCUCAGCAGACCCAUGCAGAGGAAGCUGGUAACACUGGUGAACUGCCAGCUGGUGGAGGAGGAGGGACGUAUGCGGGCGGUGCGAGCUGCUCGGUCUUUGGGCGAGAGAACAGUCACAGAGCUUAUCCUCCAGCACCAAAACCCCCAGCAGCUUUCUGCUAACCUGUGGGCUGCAGUGAGGGCGCGAGGCUGCCAGUUCCUUGGGCCUGCGAUGCAGGAAGACGCACUGAAGCUCGUACUGCUAGCUCUUGAGGAUGGCUCUGCUCUCUCACGGAAGGUUCUGGUCCUGUUCGUGGUCCAGAAGUUGGAAGCUCGCUUCCCUCAGGCGUCUAAGACCAGCAUCGGCCAUGUCGUCCAGCUCUUGUACCGUGCCUCCUGCUUUAAGGUGACAAAGCGUGAUGAAGACUCCUCUCUGAUGCAGCUGAAAGAGGAGUUCCGGACAUAUGAGGCUCUGCGGCGGGAACAUGACGCUCAGAUUGUCCACAUUGCCAUGGAGGCGGGGCUUCGCAUCUCUCCUGAGCAGUGGUCAUCUCUUCUGUAUGGUGACCUCGUCCACAAGUCCCACAUGCAGUCAAUCAUUGACAAGCUCCAGUCCCCAGAAUCCUUUGCAAAAAGCGUCCAAGAACUCACCAUAGUCUUGCAGAGAACAGGCGACCCAGCUAAUCUCAACAGUUUACGAGCUCCAUUAGAGCUGCUGGCUGGUAUUGACCAUAACCCAGAUGCAGCUGCACCCUCCUGGGAGGAACUGGAGAGUGUGAUGUUGGCGGUCAAGGUCGUGGUCCACGGUCUGGUCGAAUUCAUCCAAAACUUCAGCAAAAAGAGCCAUGAAACCUUUCAGGCUCAGCCCAACAGCAAAUAUAAGACCAGCAUGUGCAGAGACCUCCGUCAGCAGGGGAGCUGCCCACGCGGAGCCAACUGCACCUUCGCCCACACCCAGGACGAGCUGGAGAAAUACAGAAUGAGGAAUAAGAAGGUCAGUGGAGGGAUGAGGCCGUCUCCUCUGCCUCAGACAGUUGUGCCCAAGUCGGGCUCCAUGAAGUCUCCUCUCCAUACUGUGGAUGCGGUGCUGGGAGGUCCGCAGAACCGUGAGCAGGAGGGUCUGGGCUCAGAGGAUUCAUCCCCAACUCGUCUCGUCCCCAGAGGAGGAGAGCAUGAGCAAGAGGAGGGUCUGCUAGCUCUUCCCAAUGGGGCCAGUGGGCUUCCCACUCCCAGCCAAGACCAGAAAGCAGCUUCUCCUCCGAAGACCCCAGCCAGUCCAUGUCAAACUGCAGCUGUAUUGGGGCCACACCCCACUGCAGCUCCUGCUGAGAGUGGAGCAACGCUGCCUAAACGGAGCACUUUUCCGCCCAGGGGUCACACUGAGGUCAGCUACUUUACUGAGCAGCACAGUCCGUAUGAACUGUCACCCUGCUCGCCCUCUGGUAAUUACUACCCAUCAUUGGUGAAUCCACACAAACCCUCCAUGACACGCUUUUCCCGCUCCAGUCCUGCCUUUGACUCUUCUGCCCCGCCCCCUCUGGCUCCACCCUACCAGGAGCCACCCCCUUCCCUCCCAUCCCGGGACCGUUUAGGCCCUGCCCAUUUCCCUCCACCUGCUUACACACCAAUCCACCACACCCACCCCCAUGGACACGGGGUCUACGCACCUGUCUAUGACAGCCGGCGGGUUUGGAGGCCGCAGCUCUACCACAGGCAGGAUGGCAGGAGUAACUCUCUUCCUCUGGAGGUCCUGCAUGCCUCCAUCUACCAGCCACCACUCCGGGAGCGUUUCAACUCGUUGGACAGCCCGUACUGCAGUGCGGCAGACAGGAGGGCUGCACUGCACAGGGAUUCGUAUGGGCGCGCACCGCCCGGCUGUGAGGAUUUGUACAGACUCAAACAGGAGCAGUGGCCACAUCAGCACAACAACCACACCAGAGCACAAUCUUCGCCUGUUUUUGCUGUGGAUCACUGCUCAGAGCAUGUGGACAGUGGGGUUUGUGUGAGCUGUAAAUGUGGGGGCGGAGAGGUGGCCCGUUACUCGCCUUGGUCGUGUGGCACCGUCAGCCCGUUUGACUUGGAGCCUCUUGGCUCCACCCACUCCUGUUCCCAACAUGCUGAUGUGGAGGGCGCUGGUAAACACUGGCUGCACAUUUUGGACCCUUACAGAAGAGUGAAAGACGAGGAUCCCAUCAUCCCCUUCGGAGAGGGACCCAUUAUCUCCAAGUGGGGUGCCAUUUCCCGUGCCUCUCGCACAGACUACCACACCACAGAACCCGUCCAGGCCACUGCCGCACAGGGCAGAACCAGCACCACACCUAUCAAUUUCAGAGACUAUAGCUGUCACACUGAGCGGGGCGACUGCCGGUGGGGUCCGUGUGGUUUCGACUCCAGCCGCUCCAGUUUCCUAGAGAGUGAUCGCAGACGCAGCUCAUUCAGCACUGGAGGUAAACAGGGCAUAGACUUGCUAGUUCGAGAUGGCACUGAGAGUGAACCAGACCGGGACAUUGAAUUGGAGCUUUCUGCUCUCGACAUGGAGGAGUCACAACCACAGGAGCACCAGUCUGAGGUGUCUCUGGAGUCGCGGACCGGAAAUCACCUCUCCAGCGUGUUCAGCGAUCCAGCAGCAAGCUCACAGAUUGACCAGCAUUUACCUGACCACAUGAUGGACGCUCAUUUGUUAAAGAAGAUGGCAUUUAGGAAGUCUCUCUCCCCUGGGGGCCUAAGCUCUGGAGGCCUUGGUGUGGGAGGUCUGGCGAUGAAGUCCAGCUCAGCACGGCCUGUGGACCUGGCAGGACCCGGCCUGGGGAAGGAGAUGCUUCUGAAUGGGAGCUGAGAGGAACCUCACUGUCCUCAUCUCCAGAUGCCCUCUGGAUCCAAAGGGUCAUGCCAUGAGGCCUCUGUAAUAUUUAGAUCACAGCUCAAGCUGUCAGUUUUUUGUUUUGUUUUAAAAAGCCCUCUUUACACCAGCUCCACAUUCUCCAGCAACCACAGUUGUUCUCUGAGCAGGUAGCUUCAGUAGGUUCAGAAACAGAGCCAAAUAAAUGACACAGAUUUACACUGAUUCCCAAGGAGAAGUUUGGGAAUUCGAAAGUUUAUAUGGCACACUACUGCAGUGUGUGUGUUGGUAUUUGUUGGAGAAUAUUGGUGUUUCCAGAGUUUUCCGUAAUUAUGUUUGAGGAUAAAAAUAUUCAAAAACCCAAUGUAUUUCUUCAAAUUCUCUUCAUAAGAGCUACCAGGGGCUAGCGGUUACACCCCCCACCCCCUCCUUCCCUUCAUUUAUCACUUAUGCAAAAGUGUUUACGUUUACAACCCCAUCUCAGGUCACCAAGCUGUCUGUGUCACCCAAUCUGAAUCCUGACUGGUGCCGCUCUUUAGCCACUGAAAGGCUGCAUUAACUUUGCGCAACAGCUCAGUAGUAAAACAUAGGUUCUUGCUGAUCACUUAAAUGUACUGCAUAAAGACUAAUAUUGCAGUUCCUGCCUGCAGGUUCCUUUAGAUAUGAUGCAAUGUUUACAGUAUGUAUGUAUGAGGAAUAAGCCAGGUGCUCAGUAAAUACUGUACAUUGUGUAUGUCACGGUGCAGUAUUAGCCACUGAAUUAACAUGCAUGAAAUGUAACGUGUGCUUUUUGUUCAUUAUGCGUUUAUCAGGUUUUGCAAUGAACCCAUUUAUUGCAUAUGAGCCUGGGAAGUCGUGCAGUAUAUUUUGUUGCCAUCUUCAGGCCAUCUUUUGUCUUUGUUUUUGGGGCUGUGUGACGUCAGAUAUUGUAAUACGGCAGCAUUAAUGUGUGCGCAGUGACCAUCGUGACCCGAUUAACUACUUCUGCUUUUCGCAAUGCCUUGAUUUUAACACUGCAUAUAAAUCUAACCCCAACUACUGAUGAGCCAGCGUUACUUCUUAUAAAGAAACUCACCACAGGAAGUUAUUGUUGCCUAGUUCUAAAUACUAGAAGCAUUGUUUUGCUUGAGAAUAGGCUGUUGUAUUAACAGUACACGGAACUUGGCACUUUUAUUUUCCUGUUUUUCUUCUAGUUCCCUAUUUUCUGCCUGUGUCAAAGCACUAACAGUGUUCAGCUUCUCACGGCGGUCUUCCUUGUUUAGUUUAGUGUCAGUGUUAUUGUUUCAGGUUGAGCACGAGCUGCUGUACUCUGCCACCUUCUCACUAUGAAAAUUCUCUGAUGCAUCUUUUUUUGUUUGUUUUCGUUUUCUUCGUUCGAAUGAAACAUCGCUAACUUCCGUGAAGUUGUUUGUCGAGUAUUUUGUAUCAGGAGCCUCUUUUUUUCCUUCCACGUUGUCAUUUGGUCAGUAGAAAACAACCCAAGCAGCUUCGUCAACCUUCAUAUUUUCUGCAGGUUUUCUGCCUGCCUGUUUAAAAUGACUUUGUCCAUCACAGGCUGAAAUGAUUGGUGGUCUGAUUGAGUCCUGCAUUGACCAAAAAAGGGUUUGUGCACUGAAACUGGUAUCGUUUUCUUUGGAUUCCACCCCCCACCCCCCACACCCCCUCUGGACGGGUGGCAACUUCAGGGAAAGAUGUAGUUGCCUCGCUUUAGGGACAUAUCUCCUAUUUAUAAUAGGAUAUUUUUAAAAACAUACAAUGUGGAUACAGUGGAUGGAGGUAGAGGAGCUACUGCAUGUGUGCACCAAGCUGGUCUCUACUGUCUAAAAGUAGACAUUCUGUCUGUAUCUACUGUCAGUUUUCAUGCUUACAUCAUUACAUCGUUUACCGCGUAAAACUGGUCACUGGUCAGAAUUUGAUACCUGAUUGCCUUUCAUUGUUUUUCAUUGCCAGGAAGGGUUCUUUGGAGUGACACCAUAGAAGAACCACUUUUUGCUUUCCUAAAGCAGUGGUCAGAACAAAGAUCCCCAGACAAUCAAAAUUUUGCUCCAUCACCAUCUGUCGGGUUGGGCUCAAGCAAAAUUGUGGAUCGUCUUGUGCUCUGUGCUGGGUGUUGAAAUUCAGGAGCUUUAUGGAAUUACUACAAAACUACAGAAUACCGAAAAAUUGUUGUUCAGUACUGAAUUUCAGUACCGUGUCAGUCUAGUAGACAAUCUGGUGACACUAUAUUUUGAGUGGUCCUUUGAAAUGAAACACUCAACAAACUCUCAGUAACAUGUCGAAAACAUAGGAGGGUUAGGAUUAGAUUUUGGGUUGAGGUUAAGAUUAGGUUUAGGAUUAGGGCCAGGGUGAGGGUUAGGUUAGGUACAUUAAUAAUACACCUACUUAAUGUACGUAAUGUAUCAACUGAAUAACUUCAGGAUAUUUACUUCAGUAUAGUCAGAUGCUGCAGUACUGCUACUUCACUGAUAUGUUGUUAAUGUUUUACUGAUACUGUUACGAGUUUAUCCACAAAGGACCACUCAGUGUUACCGACAAUCUUAGUAUCUGUGAGCGGAUAAGUGUGCUUGUUCCCAAAUCGAGGCUGCUGAUUGGCUGAAUUGUAGACUUUAUUGGUGUCAGUGCUUCUUGAUUAGUCCCUGAAUAUAAAAUAUCUCCACGUUCAGCACCUCACUCUAGUUUCUAAAAUAUUUAUUUUUAAAAAUUAAUAAAAAAUAAGGCAGUGAUGAAAGGAUCGUUCAUCACCAAAAUUAAUCAGUACCAAAAUUAAAGUAUUGAUAUUGAUACUGAAACCAAUGUAAUAAUACUCAGCCCUUGCCGUGGGGUACCUAAGGACAAUUUUGAGAACCACUUCCCUAAAAAAAACCUUGAAAGAACUAUUUUGGUUAAUGGACUGUGCAAGUGUAAAGAACAUUUCUGUGGAGGUUCUUCAAACCUGUGUGUAGAGCUGGUGAUAUGUUGUCUAUACCGCGAUACUGUCAUACCAUACCAUUGCUUUUCAGUUUUAUUGUUGGUAGUAUAACUAAUAUAGUCAACAAAAAUAGAAAUGCAGCGCUCUUGGUUGUUUCAUUUUGCAGCAGUGUUAAUAAAAAAUCUAAAAAUCUAAUAUUUUCCUAGAAAUGUGAUGCUGCUACAUGCAAAUGGUUUCAGUACAGUCUAAUAAAAAUAUUUUUUAUUCAGUGUAGAUAAUGAGCCAUAUAUCACUGAAAAAGUGCACACAAAACAGCAGUGUCCUUUUAGAAGUUUGUUUUAGGCUUUUAAUUCUCUCUUCUGUGCUUUACUCAUGGUCCAGGACUUGACAUUUAACUGCAGUGUAUGCAGUGUACUAGAUCCUGCAUGUUGUUUUGAAAGAGCAGUUUAAAAUCCAUAAAAAUUAAAUAAAUAGUGGGUUUCCUUUCUGGAAAUGUGCUUGCUGUUUGGUUACCAUUUACAGUAUUGUGUAAGGUUCCCUUGGGUGUAAUUUUACAAGACAUAAAUGGAACAUAACAGUCCAGUCAAAACAGGCCGCCAGAGUAGCAGCACUUAGGAAAAACGAGUUGAUACCUUACUAAAGCAAACUGAAAUAUUGUUUGCAAAUGAUACUGAUUUUUUUUCAGCAUCACCCAGCUUUACAUGCGAAUUUAAAGAACCUCCACAUAAUACAAAUUUUCCAUCCGAGCCACAAACCAUUUUAGGACCCUUAAUUUUUUUUUGUGUUUGUGUUCAGCCAGAUGUCUACCAUUUCUUGACUGUUUAAACUGUGGUAGGAGCGUGUAGAGCAGACUCUCUGCAUACCAUCCCUAAUUCUUUUUGAAAAUGCGAAGCUUUAAAAGGAAAAAAUUGCAAGGCUCUAUUAGUUUGUCCUGACACUCUUUCCAAGUAGUACUUACCAAAAGAGUUAUUAAAGAUGCUGAUUAAAAUGUGAGUGGAAAGAGGAAAGAAUUUAUAGCUGAAAUUUGAAUGUAGUCCCAGCCAAGGUGUUUUCACAGUUCCUUCUGAAAAUCAGGUGCGUAUUUGUUUUGUUUUUACAGCCGUUGUUCUUCCUUGUUCCUCAUAGGGAAGAAGAGCUGUGGCAAAGCUACUGAUUACAACUUCUGCACUGAUUAAUUUGAAUGCAAGUGUGCUUUAAAUGGGAACUCCACUGAUUUUUCAGAAGUGUGCAUAAUUAAAUGCUUAAGAUGUAAACAAAGUCAUUCAGAGCGGUUUGAUGUGAAAUGCUCUGUUCUAGAGAUUUGUUCACAGUGAGCCAGAACCAUGCUAUGAAUACUCUGCCUGAUUUAUGGUGGUUUUGAGAAGGUUUUGGUCUAAAACUAGUAAUUUAUUUAUGGUGGAGAGGUACAUACAAAAAAGCUCCCAAUGAAAAAUGUAUGUUUUCAGAUUUGCCACUUUUCCUCUCAUUUUUUGCUUUUGCAUAGUAAAUAAAUUGUCUCUAUUUGCAUUAUGGACAUCCUGACCCCUGGUCCCUAUCACCACCACUGUAAAGAAAUCUGAGUCAGAAGGUUCUUCUACAAUGAACCAUUUUACAUCGGACCACUCUGAAUGACCGAUUUCGCAACAAUUGAAUCAUGAACAAAUUUUGGAAAAUGGGUGGAAUUCUGCUUUUUCAGUUAGAUAUAUUGCUUUUGUCUGGUUUUCUCUGAUGCCGGUGUAUGUCUUUGGGGUUUUGGAGCAGGGUUAGUUAAAAAAAGGCACUUUUUUUAUUUUUAGCUAGACCUAUUCAGCUCAAAUGUUGGAAGCAUUUUAUAUUCCCUUAUCCACACUUUUUGUUCGGAUUCACAAAGCCUUACACAACAGAUUGCUUUCUUAGUUUCUGAGCUGGAUCGCUCUCAGCUUUGGGUUGUACUUGCAUGAUGCUAUUACGUUUUGAAGAUGUAUGUGUGAAGUGUGUGUGUGUAUAGCUGGCAGAUGAGUUGGUGUGAUUGCAUAGUUGUGAUUCUACUGCCCCCUGCUGUUGGUGUCUUGCACAUGCCUGCCACAAGGCCUCACUUGGCUUUUUAUCUGCCUGCAGCACUUAAUUCUGUUUUCUUAGGAGAUCUUUGAACAACACCUCUGCUCUUUCCACUGGAAAUGUCAUGAUUCUUUUGUAUUUUGAAUUUUAAAAAUUUGUUUAGCUGCAAUAACUUGGCAGGCUUUGAUGGUCAUAAUGAUAAAUACGCUUGCUUGUCAUAUGUACGACCGUGAAAAAGGAGCUGAUGUAUUUUGAAUAUUUUUACGUCUGUAUUAGACAUUUCCUUUGCAAAUCUAUUGUUCGAUUUAAUUGUAAAUGUAAUACAAGAUGGUACACAUCCGUCAGUUUAUACAGCCAGAGCCAUCGUUAGAUGGACUUAACUGCACAGUUUUAUGAUAAUCAACUAUAUUUAAAUAUGAGAGAAUAUUUAUCAGAGAGAGAUUCUAAAGGUUUAGGACUAUCUUUUGAUGAAAUAUGAACUGAAACUAUUUUAAUGCGUUUGCUUUUGAAAGUACCACUGAACUGCUUCUGGCCAUGCAAGGCAGGCUUGAGUUUGAUACGCGUAUGGACCUGUAGCCGCUGCAGAGUGGAUUCUUAAUGUUAUUUUUGUUUUGUUUUUUUUCUCCCCCCCGUUCUUGCUUUUCAUACCUUGGCUAAGGUCUGCUCAACUGUACCGAGCAAGCUGAUGACAUGAUGAUGACUUAAAGAUCAUGAUGUGUAACUGCAUGCUGAGGUAAUAAAACGCUUUCAUCAUUA